AUGGAAGGAUCAGAUCACAGAAUGGUGAGUGUCAAUGGCAUAACUAUGCACAUUGCUGAGCAAGGUCCCAAAGAAGGACCUUUGGUGCUUCUCCUCCAUGGAUUCCCUGACCUCUGGUACACGUGGCGUCACCAGAUUGGUGGGUUAUCCUCUCUAGGUUACCGAGCCGUAGCUCCAGACCUCCGAGGCUAUGGAGACUCUGAGUCACCGGAAUCUUUGUCCGAGUACACAUGUCUUAAGGUCGUUGGAGAUCUCGUGGCUCUUUUGGACAGAGUUGCUGGAGAUCAAGACAAGGUGUUCCUUGUGGCUCAUGAUUGGGGAGCCAUUAUUGGAUGGUUCCUCUGUUUAUUUCGACCUGACAAGAUUAAGGGUUUUGUAUGUUUGAGUGUGCCUUAUAUGCCAAGAAACCCUAAGGUUAAACCUGUUCAAGGGUUUAAGGCUGUGUUUGGAGAUGAUUACUACAUUUGUAGAUUUCAGGAACCUGGAGAGAUUGAAGGAGAGAUUGCAAAAGCAGAUCCAAGGAGGUUUUUGAGGAACAUUUUCACAGUGAGGAAACCCGGUCCGCCGAUUUUACCCAAAGAUAAUCUCUUUGGAGCAAACCAGACAGACCUUAACAAUGAAUUGCCUGAAUGGUUUUCUAAGGAAGAUCUUGAUUUCUAUGUCUCCAAAUUCGAAAAGACGGGAUUUACUGGUGGAUUGAACUACUACAGAGCCAUGGAUCUGAAUUGGGAACUCACUGCAACAUGGACCGGAGCUAAGAUUCAAGUCCCGGUAAAGUUCAUUACCGGUGAGUUCGACAUGGUCUACACCACACCGGGGAUUAAAGAGUACAUUCACGGCGGUCGAUUUUCUGAAGAUGUUCCUAAUCUUCAAGAGAUAGUAGUAAUUGAAGAUGCUGCUCACUUCAUCAACCAAGAGAAACCUCAAGAGGUCACUGCUCACAUUGACGACUUCUUCACCAAGCUCCAGAACAACAAUAAAACCAUGUAG